UCAAAAGACUGUUGAGAAAUGAUGAAUGGGAAGCUGUUGAUCUUGAAUGCUGUUGAUCUUAUUUGGUUGAGUAUCUGUGGCUAAGGAGUCAAUGUAUAUACUUAUAAUACUAUGUGUGAACUGGAAGUCUGUUGUUUUGGAAAGUCCCCUCCGUCAGUUAAACAGGUAUUGUGAUGUACCAGGUGAUAUGUUGCUGUUCAGUCACUACUCAGUGCCAUUCUAUAGCAUAUCUCUCUCAGGAAAUGUAAAUCUUAAAUAUAGCAUUGGGCCUUUGCACAAUGCUUUGCACAUUGUCUAUGACUAGUGACAUUAUGGUUUCGAUGAUUGAAACCUAAGGUUCACCUAAGAUCUUAAAUGUCUGAGAUUUCUAUCAUUUGAUUUGAAACUUUGCCUCGUUAUGCUCUCUCCUCUACUUAUACUAUUUCACUCUCCCUGAUUCAAAGGUUACCUUUCAGCUUGAACUGUAACGCAUUGAGAGAAUGUCCUCUCUUAUACUGUGUGGAGAUAAGGGCAUGUUCCCAACUGUUCCCAUCAAAAAUAUGCAAUCUUGUGUUUCUUACCACAACACUGAUUUUGAGUAAAGAUAUGAAUUUGGUACACUAACACAUGACUUUUGCUGUCUCUAAACUUUUGACUAUCUCUGCAAAAGACUGUUGACUGACUCUUAUUAUUAAGAUAAUUAGAAUUGAACAUUCGCCAGUUCUUCUUCAUGAUUACCGUGGGCCAUUCAUGAAAUAUUCCUGUUUUGCCUUGUGUUGCCUGCUGUCAUUCAGGCUUUUAGGUUGGGCAGAACAGAGUUCCAAGUUCCAUAAAUAGCUGUAGUUCACUAAUGCAGUCAUAAGAGUUUUUCCCCCAUCCUGGCUUUGUGAGCCACUGAAAGUAUCUUCCUGUUCACAGCUGAUCAUAGGCCAAGACAAUGUUACGUCAUUUUGUUACGUUGUUGUUAUUUUACAUUCAUUCCCACGGCCUGACCAGAGUGCAAAGGCCGUCUGAUGGCAUGACACACUAUGGAGUGGGGAUGUUGUGAUAGAGGAUUAGAUCUUGAUAGAUUUUUCAAUGCAUUGAGCUUUCAUUGAUUCUCUUCGUUCUCAAUUUCGGCUUGAGAACUACCUCGGCAUCUGUAAAUGUAUGUGGUGUGCACUACAACAGACCUCUGACCAUUUUCUACUCUGGCGAGGAAGACGAUUCUUACACCUUGCUGGACAAUGCUAAUGAGUGAUAUCCCACUGGGAUAGGAUGUAAACUCCACAUCUAUUUUUAAGUUGAACCAGCAUUCCAUUGAAAUGACGUGGCAUUGAUUCAACCAGUGCGUGCCCAUUGGGAUUGUUACUCAUUCCUUCCAGUCAUCAUACCUUGUAUGUCUCAACUUUAGACUCAGCAUCACCAUAAAACAAAUGCAUAGACCUACAUACAUGAAUAAUAGAGAAGCUUACAUUCAAUGGAUUUGGUGAACAAAAUGUGUUUAGCUGAAAUGGGACCUUAAUGUUGACAAACUGCAAGUAGGUGCAGUCUUCUUAACUCAAUGCAACAAAGUAGCAGCAGCGCACAGUUUCCUGUUUUGUUAUGCUGGGAAGGAAGUGAAGCUGACUAUGGAAAAUGUCCUCAUUCCAUCACUUCUCCCAGAGGAGAAUGGAUUAAAAUAGAGAGGAGACUCCAGAGGACGUGAGGUGGGAUCCCAUAUCCCAAAAGAGGAAACAAACAAACAACACAAACAGGCAGACUUCAUAGACCUUCCCAUCAAGGCAAGGAGAGAUCGGAAUCAUUACAGCAACUGAAGGAUUACAAAGGAAAAACCCCCCUCUCAUAAACAAUUGAUCUUUGGAUUUCAAACUUUCAUAAAAAAUGCGUUGGUCUUCAAACCCCCAGAUAAGGCGGUUAAGGAAAGAGGGGAGGAUAAAGAGAUUCUCCCUGCAUCAAGAAUUUUUCUAGUCUGUCCCAUCCUCCCUUUCCUUCAUCAGAUAUUCAUUGUGACUGGGAUGUCCUACUAUAUCAGCGAAAUCUUCAAUGUCAUGAGUUCACCAGGAAACUGAAACCAGCACUAGAUCAGGGUCAAAUCACCACAAGAACAAUCCCCUGAUAACAGCAACACCCUUGCUGACUACUUCAAUCAAAACGUGUUCACUAUUGUAAUUGGUUUCUUCUUCAAAGAUUACCCUCAAGAGGAAUUGUUAAGACACUGUCAGUGAACAAUGAAGGAAGACAUCUUGGAUUUUUUCAGUGACUUGUGGAAGGUGGCCACCACUAAGCAUGACCAGGGGAUCUAUAACACAGUCUGCCUGGUGGUGCUGCUAGCCCUGCCUAUGGUGGUGCUCUUCACUUCUCUGGUGGUGUGCUGCCACUGCUGCUGCUGUCGCCACGCCAACUGCACUGGUUGCUGUGCAGUCAGCCCCAGCUCAGCCACAGCAAAAUCAGACAAAAAUAAGAAGAGUCCGAAAGAUGAGGACUUGUGGAUCUCGGUCAAAACAGGACCUAUGACACCAGACAGGGUUGCCCUGACGAUGGUGUAAGGUUCAGAUAAGGUUUUAUUUGUAUUCAUAUGAAGCUCUUUUUUUACUGCAAGGUACAGGUACAUGAUGCCGAGCACUGGUGUUCAAUAUGCUCGACAGAAACGGUUGAAACACAGUAAAAGAGCCAACGAUGUGUGUGUGUGUGUGUGUGUGUGUGUGUGUGUGUGUGUGUGUGUGUGUGUGUGUGUGUGUGUGUGUGUGUGUGUGUGUGUGUGUGUGUGUGUGUGUGUGUGUGUGUGUGUGUGUGUGUGUGUGUGUGUGUGUGUGUUCUUCUAUCCAUGUUGGGACCUAAAGUCCCCACAACGAUAGUAAAACAAGUCAAAUUCCCAUGUCCUCAUGAGGACAAAGACUAUUGGGUUAGGUUUAGGGGGUAGGUUUAGGAGUAAGGUUUAGGGUUUGGGUCAGGGUUACAGGUUAAGGUUAGGGAAAAUAGGAUUUUGAAUGGAAAUCAAAUUUGAGGUCCCCACAAGGAUAGAAGGACAAAACGUGUGUGUGUGUGUGCAUGCGUACGCGUGUGCUUGCAUACGUGGGUGUGUGCGCGUACGUGUGCAUGAGCAAAUGUGUGUAUGUGCAAGGAAGAGUGAUAGAUGACACACGGUGUAUGUGUUAGUGUGCACUUCUGUGUGAAAUUCACUGUCUUCACAUUUGGGGACUAUUUAUAUUUCCAAUGCUGGAGGCCAGCAAUCUAGUAUUGGGAUUCAGUUAGAAGACUAUUUUUAAUAGGUUAGACCAUUUUAAGUUCAAAGCACUUGCAGUUAUUGCACUUACAACAGAAAUGUGUGUAACUACUUUGAAAUAUUUUGCUGUACUUGCUAUACCCACUGAAUGGAGAUCUUAAUUCCAUUUAUGAGUUAAUUAUCAAACGCAGAUUUUAAUAGAACCAAGUGAAGCACUCAGAUCUUUCAAUUGCAUUGCUCAAUGUAUACGUUUCUUUCCCCGUGGAGUAUCCUACAUACAGCAGCUAGUAUUGUGAGUAAAAAAAAUGUAUCUAACAGUUCCGUGUUUUACGCUGCCUUAUGCUCAGAUUGAUGACACAGAUUCAUGUUUACUGUCUUGCACUAUCCCUAUUGGUUCAUAAUAUCAUUAUGCAUGGACACCAGGUUCUCAGAUGUACGGGGCGCUGAGUGGAUCCUUCUUAUAUCCUCCAUCCCUCAGUGCCAAUGUGGCCCUCUGACUUAAAAUAAUAGUUAUUCUAUCUCAAAACUGGGAUUCCUAAAAAAUGUGUCCGAGGAUUUGGUCAACUUCCGUCAGAUGUUUAAAAUCCUAAAUGAAUCAGGAGUGGGCAGGGUCAGCUAUACCAUAAGGACCCCUUAUUCAUGUCCUCAUUACAUGUAGCGUAGCAUGACCACUCAUGGUCUGUAAAGUUCUCUACUUUUGAUAGAUUUAAACACACAAUUUUGAAAUCAUAAUGGUCACAACCAUAAACUGUCAAGAAAAGGGCAAUUAAACUGUAAGAUUUUUGUCUGACGUCAAGUCCAUCAGAGUGCUGUAAGAUCUGAGAAUUGUUGUGUUUUUAUUGGGGAUUUUCAAAUGAAUAAUUUUCUAUAUUUUACAAAUGUUUGUAUUUUUGAAACAAAAGUAGAGAUUGUUCCGUCUUUCAAGAAUCUCUGAAUUGAUUUGCAAUUUACAAAUCCGGUGACAAAUCAUUUUUAUUUGUUAUCAAUUCAUGAUCCUUAUUUUGAGAUUAAAGACUUCUGCGUUAGUUAUUCAUAUGUAAAAAGUCUGAGGGUGGAAAAAUACUUUUCCUUUGCAAAGGGGGGGGGGGGGGGGGGCGUUUGUUUGAACAGGAAGUCUGCCAUAGACGAUAGUUUCACAUUCUAUCACUGAAGCUGUGAUCUGUCCCAAUUAUGCAUGAGAACAUACUGUAUAUUCUGGCUGUUUUGUUAUUACAAAAGAAAAAGCUGAGGUAAUCAUUCAAGUUAUGAGCUCAGGCCACAGUGGAUACCGCAUGCAUAAUUUAUCCUGUCAUUUGAUUUUACAUAACAGCUAUAUGGAGAAAAGGGGGCCAAAAAAAUAAAGUAUUUUUUAUGCUUUGUUAA